AUUGUCCACUAGUCACCUUUCUUGUUUCCUCUCUGUAUUUGGCACAUUUAUUAAUAUCUUCACUUGCUUACCAUAAUAGAGAGUUGGAAGAAUGGAGUCAGCCCUUCUGUUGACAGCUCCAACAGCAGCAGGUACCAGCAGCAGCCUCUUUAAAAAGAGGGGGACAUUCUUGCCACCACUUGAUGCUCGUUUUCAUAUAUCAUUUUCGAGAAACUGUGUGAAGUGUUGGGGUAUUUCAUUAUCCUUCAGAAAGCCUAAGAAAUGCAGUGUCUUUAAUUGCAAAGUGAAAUUAGAGGAUGAGGCUUGUGAACUGGUUAAUGGAGUGGAGCUCUCUAUUGGGGAUGGAGUUGAUAGCAUUGAUGCUUAUCUUUGCAACGCUGUAAAGAACAAUAAUGGUACUGGCAUUUUGCUCUUAUCUGAUAUCUUUGGAUUUGAGGACUCAUCUACCAGAGAUUUUGCAUACCGUGUUGCAUGCAAUGGGUACAAUGUUCUGGUACCAGAUAUGUUUCGUGGCAAUCCAUGGAGAAAAGAUGAACCCCAGGCUUUGUUUGAGAAAUGGCUCGGUGGUGUAGACAAACAACAGGUUGUGAGAGACAUUUUCACAUCGACAAAAUGGAUGGCCGAUGAAUUCGUGGCUGCAGGAAUAUCAAACAAGUUUGGUGUCAUUGGAUUUUGUUUUGGAGGUGGCCUGUUAAUAGACAUAUUGGCUCAAGACCAGGGUUCUCACUUUGGUGUUGGCAUCUCAUUCUAUGGCACACGGAUCGACUUAUCUAUUGUGAGCAAGAUUGAGGUUCCGUUACUACUCAUUGCAGGUGACAAUGAUCCACUUUGUCCAGUGAAUGUCUUGAAGGAGGUUGAAAAUAAUGCCAAUGGUUGCAAAAUGGUUGUUUUUGAGGGAAGGAGUUAUGGUUUUGCCCAUCGGCCUCAAUCUUUAGAAGACGAUAAAGAUGCAGAAGAGGCUUUCUUGAUGAUGAGGAACUGGCUUAAUGAUGGCCUACUUAACGAAAAUUGAUAAUGUUGUUGUGAAUAGUCUUAUUUGAUGAUUUGCAUGUUUGACAAUUUGGCCUACUUUCUGAAAAAUUGAUAAUGUUGUUGUGAAUAGUCUUAUUUGAUGA